AUGUACUACCGGUCUCUCCUAAGCCUGGCAAUGGUCGCAAUGGCCUCGGCCAAGGCCAACCCCGUCACCACCAUGUUGAUAUACGGAGCCGACCCACAGCCUCUGGCGGCCUCCGUCGUCGGUAACGAUGCCACGGCUACCACGUACAGCAUCAACUGUCCCCCAGGCACUGAUGGCUCUGACUGCGGCAUGGGACCCGGUCUGACUCUGAUUGCCGGUCCCAAGACAACCUACAAGAUGGAUGAAGGAGAUUUCCAUUGGACCGUCACCUGCUCAGUCGCAGCCACCACGUCGGCUGUCUGCACCGAGACAAACAUCGGGGGCAAUUUCCCUGGAAGUAGCGUCGUCACGCUGACUACCGAUCUGCCCUUCCUCCCGGUCACUGUCACUGCUGGCUCGGUUGCCACUCGCUCCGCAACUACGACGACGGGAGCUACUACUACUGCGUCCAGUGCGUCCGGCGCGUCAAGCGCCUCUGGGAAGAGCACAGCCACGUCGUCGGUCUCAUCUUCGGCGUCCGCCGCCGGCAGUGCCGCCCAGAGCACCGGCGGUAUGCCCCAGGUGACUGCGCAUGCUGGAAGUGUCCUGGGCGGCGCGGUGGUCGCUUUGGCCGCGGCGGUCCUGUAA